AUGACUUAUUUCCAACAUGGCGACCCCAGUGAGGGUUCUCAAAAGAAUGGAGACAUUGACUCAUUGAAACAAUUAAUCAAAGUUCUAGAUGAAUCCAAAAAGGAAUCUAGAACACAACUAACAAAAAUUUUAUCAAACAUUAAAGAUACAGAACGUUUCACCAAAAUCAAACAAGUUCAGUUUGAAUUACAACAGAUUGAAUCGAUGGCAGAAUAUCAUGCCGCAUCAUUAAUUAAAUUAGAAAAAAGAUUAUCAAGACUAACAUUGUCUGAUAACAAUAACACAACUGGAGAAAAAACUAAUAACAAGGAAAACAAAGUUAAUACAAAUGUUUUAAAAAAUACUCCAAAGAACAACGUAUUGGAAUACAACCCUCCAGAACCAACUCUUUUGCUGUCAAACAAUGAUUCAAGAGGUAAGUUCUAUGAGGUUAGGACAAGUAAUGGAAAAGAAGUACGCUUCUAUUAUGAAGAUCCCUCUGCUCAACUAAGCGAAAAAUUGGAAGAACUAAGUACUUUCCCGAAAUGGUGUGAUAAUCUAUCAAGUCUAUGUAAUAUAUGGCACUUAGAUAAUAUCACAAAAGGUGAAGCUAUCACAGAAGGUGAAGAGGUGAUAUUAAGGAAAGUCAUUCAAAACUCAUUAGGAAAAAAACUUUACAGUUUUGGUAAACUAGGAUCAACGGCAACCGAAAUAUUUCUAGAACUAGAAAAUGUAACAAAGAAAAAAUUCCCAGGAGUCACUAAAGACAAAAUGUGGAAAAAGAUAUUAAUUGACAAAUAUUGUUCUAACACAAAUGAAAUUAGACAUGUGUUAGACAAUAUCAUUUUACUGGAAAUUUAUACAGAAGAUCCAGAAAAUGCCAAACCACUGGACAAUAAGUUUAUCAAUAUGAAAAUUUAUAAAUGUCUAAGUAACGACCUUAGAACUUCAUUGAUGAACUCUGCGAUGGGACUAGAAGAGCUAUUGAACAAAUCACCAAGAGAGAUGAUCACUGUAAUCAUAGCAAACAUUAACCUAAUCAAAGAGCUCGCGGAGGUCUAUGAGGAAGACGAAAAACCAUGUCAGACGUGUACCUCUUUACUUCGUGGUUAUUGGAACUGUCCAUUAAAGAAAGUAACUGAUCUUAGGCAAGGUACAGGAAAUUGA